AUGCUUUGUCUGGUUGCAUACUUGGUACUCCUUCUUCAGUUUCUAGUUCAUGUCACUGCAUAUGGAACAAAUUAUGAAAACUAUGAACCAUCUAGGUUCUUUUAUGCGUGUCAGUUGCAAUUGGGUUUGGAAGCAACGUUUUGCUCCCCUGAAAAUGUUAGUUGUCCAUGCUUAAACCCAAACUACUUGGCGCUGAUGGCCGGUUGUAUUGAAACUAACGGUGGUGCUCAUGAUGAUGCCCUGACUAAAGCAAGUAUCAAAAGUGGUAUAAAGGACUGCACAUAUUAUGGUGUCACACUCAAUAGUAGCUGGUAUGAUAUUGCCAUAAACGAUUAUCAUAAUAAUGCCAAAUCAGCCAGCGAAAUUGCAAACUUCAACAUGUCAGAUAUCAUUGAUGUUCCAUUUAUAGUAAACCACACUGCCUCCUAUCCCUACCAAGAGUCAUACCGUCGUUUCUAUGCAAACUACCAAGGCUCCUUAUACUAUGGUGCAGCAAUCUUGGGGUUUUGGCUAAUUGUUUUACUCGUGGGUGGCUUCAUAAACUGGAGCAAAAUAUUAUUUCCUCAAACGACAAAGAAAAUGACGAGUCCUUUAGUCAACUACUGGAGAAAGCACGUGACUGUUCCAGCGACUUUCCGCAAAAAGAAGGCCCAAGAUCAGCCAUUUUUAAAAGUAUUUGGUUUUCUUAUUCCAUCAAGGUUCGAGUCGUUGAUUUUGGCAUUGUUUUAUGGAAUUACCAUCUUGUGUAAUGCUUUAAACAUGGAAGGUAUAGAUAACGACCCUUUAUUCAACUCAAGAUAUGCUGCAGAAAACAGAUAUGUUGCUGAUAGGUCAGGAAUCACCGCCACAAUGUUUAUGCCGUUGAUCUUUUUAUUCGCUGGAAGAAACAACUUUUUGCAAUGGCUCACUAGAUGGAACUACAGUACCUUUUUAGCUUUUCACAGACACACUUCGCGUGUAAUGGUUAUAUUGGUAAUUAUACACUCGUUUGCAUUCACUUAUGCAGUUUACGACGAGUACGCAGAGGACGCCGCCGAGUCUUACUUUUAUUGGGGUAUUGUUGGAACUAUUGCUGGUGGUUUGAUCCUUGUGCAAGCCAUUUUGUUCCUUCGUCGAAACUGGUAUGAAUUGUUUCUUUUCCUCCAUGUCAUUUUGGCAGCGUUGUGGGUCCUCGGUACCUGGCUACAUCUCGUUGAUAUGGGAUAUAUUCAAAUGGUUUACCCUGCGGUAGCUGUCUGGGUAUUUGAUAGGUUAGUGCGUAUUGUGCGGUUAUUCAUCUUUGGCUUUCCCAAGGCUGAUGUAUACUUAUUAGCUGAUGAGACUUUGAAGGUUGUGAUUCCCAAACCAAGCUAUUGGAAGUCGAUUCCUGGUGGCCAUGCGUUUAUUCAUUUCCUUAAACCAACAUAUUUCUGGCAAUCGCAUCCAUUUACAUUCACUGAUGGUAUUGAGGACAAGAACGCAAUUACAUUAUACUGUAAAGUAAAAGGUGGUAUUACUCACUCCUUGUACAAGAUGCUAGUUGCUGCUCCUGGUAGACAAUGUAAAGUCAGGGUUGCUGUUGAGGGUCCAUAUGGCGAAGCAACGCCUGCCAAGUAUGCUGAUACUGCAGUGUUUGUUGCUGGUGGUAAUGGUAUUCCCGGUAUUUACUCAGAGAUAAUCGACAUUGCUAAACAUACAACACAUUCUGAAAAGCAAUCUUUGAAGUUGUAUUGGGUCAUCAGAGAGUGGAGAUCAUUGUUUUGGUUCUACGAGGAAUUGGUGAAUUUGAACAAAACAAACAUCCAAACGACAAUUUAUGUGACUAGACCUGAUGUCAUCACGUGCAUUGAGGACUUUUCACAAAGGUUCACAGCAACAACCACAACAACAAAAACAACAACAAUCAAUUCUGGAUCGUUAAAGUUAGAAUCAAACACAGACGCAUCAUUUGAAGAAAAUGAGAAUGAAAAACAGGAAACCCUUGGUAAAGAUAUGGCAGUCAAGGAAGUUGUCCAUGAUGAUCUUUCAAGUGACGAGAAAUCGGAUGUUACAUUGAUCAUCAAUUCUAUUAAGAAUGAGCUUUCGCAUAUCACAUUUUUGGAGGGCAGACCAGACUUUGAAAAGAUUGUUCCUCAAGAGAUUCACGAAUCGAAUGGAUCUGUUACAUUUGUCACUUGUGGACACCCAGCAAUGGUUGAUGAGUUGAGAUAUUGUUGUGCACACAAUGUAGACAACAAGGAAAGAAAGAGGGUGGACUUUUUUGAACAGAUCCAAGUGUGGGCAUAA